AGGAAAUAGUUAAUUUACAAAAAUCUAAAUUGACAUGUAAAAGUGACACAUUAAACAAUAUAUAUAUAUAUAAAUUAAGAAUUUAACAAAAUCUCUAAUGAAUAGAAAAAAAAUAUGUUUGAAAAUAUUCAUUUUUAGAAAAAUUUUUCAGUAAUAAUAAAUAGAAAAAAAAAAUUAUGGAAGAUUUUAAUUUUACAUUUGACAAAGAAAAAAAGCAAACUAUUGACAAUUCUCAUCAAGAUGGAAAUUAUGAUGUUCUCUAUCGUUGGCUGAAUAAAAUUCCUUUUUCCAAACGACCUAAAACUUUAGCUCGCGAUUUUUCCGACGGUGUUUUAAUGGCCGAAUUAUUAAAAUUACAUUAUCCUCAAUUAUUGGAAAUUCAUAAUUGCAUACCAACAAAUAAUGUUAGUACCAAAAAGGAUAAUUGGAAUAAUUUAAAUAGAAAAGUAUUUUCAAAAAUUAAUUUAAAAUUAAAUAACAAUAUUGUGAGUCAAUUGGCAAAUUGCCAACAUGGAACAAUUGAGAAAUUGCUUUUUUCUUUAAUUGAUCAAAUUACAAACAAUGAUAAUAAUUCUUCUUCUCGAGAUCCGGUACAAGAAAUUGAAAUUAUCGAAAAUGUUGAUGAAAGUAUAAAUGAAAUAAUCCAAGAAAUUCCGAGAGUAGAUUCAAAAAUUCCGCAAAUAAUAGAAAAAGAAAAAUUUUUCUCUUUUUUUUCAAAAAUGGGAAAAAAUAUUUUUAAUCAUCUCAUGACUUUUUUGAUGCAAGCAUCUUGUAUUUGGCGAUGGUUUGGCAAUUUACAAAUUAUAAAAGGGGACCUUGAAAUUGAAAAUAAAUAUAUCAGUGGAAAUAAUUAUCUUUACGAAACAAGAAGUGAAACUUAUUUUAAUGAAGAAAUUGACGACACUGCAGCGCGUUGGGCUUAUGAACAAUUAAUUGAAGAGAUACGCGAAAAAGAGGAUAUAAUUUCAACUUUAAAUCAUAAAGUCGCAUAUCUUGAGGGAACAAUGAGACAAAAAGAUUUACGAAUUGCAAAUUUGAUGAUUCAAAUCACCAAUGAAUCAUUAGAAGUACCGUCGAAUUUAAAAAAACGCUCUUCCAUUUGUGGAUCCAUGAAAUUACGACCAAAAACAUAUAAUUCACAAUUGAUAAAUUCGUACAAAAAUUGAAGAUCAACUAUUUUUUUUUUCAACAUUUAUUUUUUCGAUAAAUAUUUUGUAUACUUUUAUUUUUUUUAGUUUAUAUAUUUUUAUACAAAACUGUCUUUUAGAAUUGACUUUUAAGAUUUUGAAUAAAUAUUUUUAGAAAAUA